CAGUUUAUUAAUAAUCAUUUAGGAUUUGUUUUUCAUCUGUAUUGGUAAGUGAAACUGGCAUACAAUUUUUUUCUUAUAGUAUUUUGUCUGAUUUUGGAAUGGCUCAAAAUGAGUUAGUUCUUCUCUUUGUUCAGGAAUAGUUUGUAAAAGAUAAAAAUUAGCUUUUGGGGGGAGUAUUUACCAAAAUUUCUACAAUACGUCACAGCCUAUUGUGUGUGCUUGUGCACACAUGCAUGUGUGACCGUGUAUAUGAGGGAUGGGGAGUGGAUUUUCCUGUCCACUCCAUUGAAUGGUUAUUGGUUUAUUCAAAAUUUCUAUUUCUUCUUGAGUCAGUUAAUACUUUUGCAAAAAAGAGUCCAUUUUUCCUAAUCUUAUGUUUAAGAACAGUGUUAAUAGUUGUUAGCUGCCGUAGAGUUUGCCUCCAACUCAUGACAGCUUCAUGCACAAGGAAACAAAGUGCCCAAUCCUGCACCAUCCCCAUGAUCGGCUGUGGAUAGGACCCUUGUUAUCCACAGGGUUUUUAUUGGCUGAUUUUGGGGAGGUGACCAGGACUUUCUUCCUAAUCUGUCUUAGCCUAGAAGUUCUGCUGAAACCAGUAGGCAUUCAGUAUUUAUGGCAUGAAUAAAUUAAUGAAAAUUUAUUGGAAGAGUUUAUUGUAUUCUGUUAUUAAAAUACCUUCUGUAUUUUUAGUUUUGUCUCUUCUAUUAGAUUUUAAGAGUCGGUGCUUUCUGAAGCUUUUUACUGAUUUUUCAUGGUCAAUUUAAGUUGGCAGUCUUAAGUAGCAUUUACAUUUCUUAUAUCCUAUUCAAGAUAUGUUUGUGAUUUUGUUUUCCUCAUUUAUUCUUACUUGUUUGUUUUUUUCCCUGCAUGAAUUUCCCAGGGGAACAUGAAAAUCUUACAGAAUGUAGGGCAAUUCUUCAUUAUAAAGAACUGCUAUGUACAUUUAUAAGGUAGCCUUAGUCCUACCCACUUGAUGCCUGUAGCAGCCCCGUAUUUAUUCUUAUACUUUAUUUUUCCCCAUUCAUUGGCUAUACUUUUGAUCUUUUGACAAUACUGAAAUUUUUAUCAUAUGUGUUUACUUCACCGAACUUAUUGAACACAGGAAACGUUGUUUACUUUUGUGCAUAAUAGCUCUAAUAAACAAGUUCCAGGUAACGUCUCCUGGUGGAAAGUGUAAUAGAUACCGCUGAAUAGAACCCCUAGAGUUUGAGAAUCUAUGGAAAGGUGCUAAAGUCCUAAAUGUGUUUUCACUAAGGCUAUGUACAAGAUACCGAGAAACAAAGAUUGGCUCUGAAAGAAGUGGUAUUAAUUUCAGCCUUAUGUGAGAACAGCUGAAAUACUUAGCGUGAUUAUUCUUAGACAUAUGGUUCCUUCGGAGCCCUGAUGGCACAGUGGUUAAGAACUUGGCUGAGAACCAGAAGGCCAGCAGCUCAAAUCCACCAGCCACUCCUUGGAAACCCUAUGGAGCAGUUUUACUCUACCCUGUAGGGUCACUGUGAAUCGGAAUUGACUUGACAGCAAUGGGUUAUAGUUCAUUUGGGACAUUGGCUGCCCAGUAUUUCCACCAAGAUACCUUUCACAUGGAUUUACACUGGUUUUUAUAGAAGAAACUUGCCAGCACUAUUCUUUUUCAUCCUUCUGACUCCACCCCGCUUUCCCUCACACUCCUCCUAAAGGGGGAAACUCCUAGUCUCUCCAAAGUUCUGUUUUGUUUGAUUGUCCUGUGUGAGGGAAUUAGUGGCUGGAGAGUAGGAGCUUUCCGUCCCCAGCAGUGUCAGCAGUCUUACACAAGUAGUUCACCGACCGGUGUCUCUAGUUGCCCUUUUCCAGAAAGCUGCCUUCCAGACAUUGCCUCGCUAAUAUUUUUCAGACAUCUCACACACAACAUGUCAGAACACAUUAGCAAACCAACUUCCUCUUCUGUGUUUCCUAAUCGAGUUGGUAUAAUGUGGUGGCGAAGAGCAUGAACUUCUGGGGCUGACUCGCAGCUUAACUCCGUUAUGUCUAGAUCUUCCCAGCUUUAAGACAGGGAUGAUAGUGGAAGCUGUUUUAUCAGAUUGUGAGUGAAGAUGGAUUAGCAGCCAGGCUCUAACCCACUGUGCCACCAGGGUGCGCCUGGCACCCAGGAAGCCCUUAAAGAGUAUUUAGCUAAUGUAUUACUGGUAAUAGUCUGUUCCCAGUUGCUCAGGCUCAGAAUUUGAGUCAGUCAUUACGUCCUCCUGAUUUCACUUCUGCCGUAUCUCUCAAAUCAGUCAUACUUCACUGCUUCUGUUACUUUCUAGUUCAGGUUCCCAUUAACCUUGCACUGCGGUACUAUCCUAAUUGAUCUCUGUGCUUUUUGAUUUCCCCUCUAAUUCAUCUUGCACACUGCUUGACGUCAGUUACGGUCUUAGAUCAGAUGUGUCACUCCCCAGUUCCAAAGCCCUUGAUGACUCCACACUGCAUUCGUAAGAUCUCUCACCCUGGUAGCCAAGUCUCCACCUUUUAAGGCCUGCCUGCGUUUCCAGUUUUAUUAUAUGCUACCAUGAUUCUGUGUUCUAGCCAUACCAGUCUCUUGGCCAAUCCCUGAAGUCUCCUAAUACUGAGCGUUGGUUUUGGUCAUUCCCUUGGCCUAGAAUCCCUUCCCUCCCAUAUUGUCUAUUGAAGUCCCAUCCAUUCUUUAAAUCUCAAGAAGCCUCCUAAAUUAUACUAGUUUUAAUUAGUGAUUCUCUCUCCUGUAAUCUUGGGGCACUUGGAUUUUACUUUACCAUAGCACUCACCAAAGUCUGCCUAGUAAUAGAGUCUGUCUUGAUAACUAGCUGGUGAGGUCUAGGAAGGUGGUUUCCUUCCUGUGGUAUAUGGCAUUGUCUUGAUCUAUGGUUUCUUAAUAAGAUCAUGUUGAACUUGAGAAAGCACUGCUAACCAAGACUGGGGUUGUACAGAGACGUAGAAUCUGGAACUUGAGGAUUACUUUUCAUGGAAAAUAUAUUGAGGAAAAUGGCGGAGGUGAAGAAUUCUCAUGUUUUGGUCCCAACAAAGUCUUAGAUUCAGACAGAUAACAGAAAAUUUCAUCAUCUUUCCCGAGUCUCGAGAAUAGCAAAGUUCAGUAGUAGUAACUACUCUCUAUUUGUGUAGGGAAACGGUGUGUUUAGAUGGAAACUGUUGUCUGAUGUGUUAUAUGCUCAGGAGUUAAAUAAUUAAUGGUAACCAGAUUGACUUUCGGUAUAUUUGAUUAGAUUCUAUUAGAGCUGUGUUCUGCUCGGGUUAAUGUGUUUUGUCUGUCUGUAUAUCUAUAUAUUUUUUAAGUUCUUGGGGGAAGCUUUCUGAAAGGUGCUUGGUGAUUAGGAUUUUGUCGUUUGUUGGGGGGAGGGUAGGAGAAGUUUUGGAGAGUUCUGCAUUUUUUUUACCACACUGAUGUCUUUAUACAUCCCUUUAAGGAACUGAUAUAGAGAAGUAGUAACCAGCAGUCAGGGUUAACAUGCUUUUGGCUCUGGACAAAUGCUCCAGUGUAACUUUAUGUAAUAUGCUUGUCUUUCAGACGUGGGUUGAGUAAAUGCAAAGGUUUUGUUGAAAUAUAAAGAAGUCUGACGAUAUUCUUGAACUCUUUAGGAAACAAUGAUGAUAGUACCAUUUGGAGAGAAGUAUAUACUGUUGAUGCAACACCAUCCCCAAAGGCCCGGGCUGGAUGGAAAGGAUUCUGGAACACUGAGUAAUACACGUUUAGAAAGAUGUGUUGGGACCAUAUCGCGAAACCUAACCAAACUGUCCCUGAUCUUCAGCCACAUGCUGGCAGAACUCAAAGGAAUCUUUCCAAGUGGACUUUUUCAAGGGGACACAUUUCGGAUUACUAAAGCAGAUGCUGCUGAAUUUUGGAGGAAAGCUUUUGGGGAAAAGACGAUAGUCCCUUGGAAGAGCUUUCGACAGGCCCUACAUGAAGUACAUCCUAUCAGUUCUGGGCUGGAGGCCAUGGCUCUGAAAUCCACUAUUGAUCUAACCUGCAAUGACUAUAUUUCGGUGUUUGAAUUUGACAUCUUUACACGACUCUUUCAGCCCUGGUCCUCUUUGCUCAGGAACUGGAACAGUCUUGCUGUAACUCAUCCUGGUUAUAUGGCUUUCUUGACAUAUGAUGAAGUGAAAGCUCGACUCCAGAAAUUCAUUCACAAACCUGGCAGUUACAUUUUCCGGCUGAGCUGUACUCGUCUGGGUCAGUGGGCUAUUGGUUAUGUCACUGCUGAUGGGAACAUUCUCCAGACAAUCCCUCACAAUAAACCUCUCUUCCAAGCACUGAUUGAUGGCUUUAGGGAAGGCUUCUAUUUGUUUCCUGAUGGACGAAAUCAGAAUCCUGACUUGACAGGCUUAUGUGAACCAACUCCCCAAGACCACAUCAAAGUGACCCAGGAACAAUAUGAAUUAUACUGUGAGAUGGGCUCCACAUUCCAACUGUGUAAAAUCUGUGCUGAAAAUGACAAGGAUGUAAAGAUUGAGCCCUGUGGCCACCUCAUGUGUACAUCCUGUCUUACAUCCUGGCAGGAAUCAGAAGGCCAGGGCUGUCCUUUCUGCCGAUGUGAAAUUAAAGGUACUGAGCCCAUCGUAGUAGAUCCGUUUGAUCCAAGAGGAAGUGGCAGCCUGUUGAGGCAAGGAGCAGAGGGAGCUGCCUCUCCAAAUUAUGAUGACGAUGAUGAUGAAAGAGCCGAUGAUUCUCUCUUCAUCAUGAAGGAGUUGGCUGGUGCUAAGGUGGAACGACCUCCUUCUCCAUUCUCUAUGGCCCCACAAGCUACCCUUCCGCCGGUACCACCACGACUUGAUCUUCUGCAACAGAGAGUAUCUAUUCCUUUAAGUGCUUCUGGUCCUGGAACUGCUUCAAAGGCUGCCUCUGGCUCCCUUCAUAAGGACAAACCAUUACCAAUACCUCCCACGCUUCGAGAUCUUCCACCACCACCCCCUCCAGACCGGCCAUACUCUGCUGGAGCAGAAACCCGACCUCAGAGACGCCCUCUGCCUUGUACACCAGGCGAUUGUCUGUCCAGGGAUAAACUGCCCCCUGUCCCUUCUAGCCGUCUUGGGGAAUCAUGGCUGCCCCGGCCAAUCCCCAAAGUACCAGUAGCUUCCCCAAGCCCUAGUGACCCCUGGGCAGGACGAGAAUUAACCAACCGGCACUCACUUCCGUUUUCAUUGCCCUCACAAUCGGAACCCAGACCAGAUGGGUCUAGGCUCGGAAGCGCAUUCAGUCUGGAUACUUCCAUGAAUGUGAAUAGCAGCCCAUUAGGUCCAGAGUGUGAGCACCCCAAAAUCAAGCCUUCCUCAUCUGCCAAUGCUAUUUAUUCUCUUGCAUCCAGACCUCUUCCUGUGCCAAAGCUUCCUCCUGGGGAGCAGUACGAGAAUGAGGAGGACACAGAAUAUAUGACUCCCUCCUCUAGGCCUUUGGAGACAGCCCAGAGUUCACGAGUGAGUGAAUGUGACCAGCAAAUUGAUAACUGUACGUAUGAAUCCAUGUAUAACAUUCAGCCCCAGGCAGCAUCUGUCAUGGAGAGUAGUACUUUUGGUGAAGGGAAUUUGGCUGCAGCCCAUGCCAGUACUGGCCCCGAGGAGUCAGAGAAUGAGGAUGGUGGGUAUGAUGUCCCUAAGCCACCUGUGCCAGCAGUACUGGCCCGCCGAACUCUCUCAGAUAUCUCUAAUGCCAGCACUGCCUUUGGCUGGCUGUCUCUGGAUGGUGAUCCCACAACAAACUUCACUGAAGGUUCCCAAGUUCCUGAGCGGCCCCCCAAACCAUUCCCUCGGAGAAUCAACUCUGAACGAAAAGCUGGUAGCUCUCAGCAGGGUGGGGGUGCUGCCGCCGCCUCACCUCAGCUCUCCAGUGAGAUUGAGAACCUCAUGAGUCAGGGCUACUCCUACCAGGACAUUCAGAAAGCUUUGGUCAUUGCCCACAACAACAUUGAAAUGGCCAAAAAUAUCCUUCGAGAAUUUGUUUCGAUUUCGUCUCCUGCCCAUGUAGCCACCUAGCGCCUCGCCUCUCUGCUGCUGCUGUAGAGGACCAGUAAGCCGGGAGCUCUUACUCAUGUAGCGUCUGAGAGGGCAUAGGCCCCCUUGGAGGCUUCACAAUGAAGUCUUGCCCCAUCGGUGGCGUAUCACAUCUGUGGUUCCAAGAUUUCAAAGCAGUGGAAUGAAAAUGGAGCAGCUAGUAUGUUUUGUUACUUUAUUUGUUUUGAGAGUGCAUUUGAAGGUGUCCUUGGUCCCCAUUUUGAGAGAGUGUGGUUUUUGUUAUAUGAUAGUGUAGUUCAGCCUACCUGGGGAACAGUCCAAAAAGCAGUAGGACAAGUAUUGUGCUGUCAGUCCUUACGUGAGGACUUAAGACUUUCCUGGGUUAAGAAUGUGGCUGUGUGUGUGUCUGUUGUUAUGUAUGUCCUGAGAUUAUGAGAUUAACCUGCUGUUUGUGUUAAUCCCUGGCAGGGAAUUAGCACAAGAGGUUUAGGAAGGAAUCCUUUGGAGACUUCCAUCUACUGUGGUAUUAUCCCCAACCCUAAUGUGUGUGUAUUCAACACUCCCCUUUGACUUGGAUUAUUGUGUGCAUAGCUUAAGUCUUGUAUUUUUAGAGCACUCUCUGUCCUUUCCCUACCUCCUGUUGUUCCUCCUCCUCCUCCUUGGUAUUCUCUCACUGGCAGUGGGCUUGCCAUGACCAGCCUUACUGAGGCCAAGCAGCUUAUAGGAUGUUCUUUAUUAUGUAUGUAUGGUGGUGGUGGUUUGUUUGGUAGAUAGGAAAAUAGUAUUGUUGCUUUAUCGUUAUAGUCAUGUUUGGUAUUAGCAGCUAACACUGGCCAUUCCAAAGCACUGUUUCUAUAGGAACAUUGAAUUUGUUAAAAUAAGAUAUUUUAAUUAUCCUAAUUACGUAAUGACAGAUUUGAGGUAGAGGCCUUCAGCUACAUUCCAUGCCCUCCCCAGAAAAUGGUCUGUGGAAGUCAGUUGCCUUGGUGCCAGCUAUGUGCUCUGAUGUGGGUCGCGAGUUUUUCUACUUAAUGAGAAGGGAAGAACGUUUGCUUCCAGGAUGGCUUUCUGGCUCGGAUACCAUGAAGCUUUUAGGACGCUCCAGUCACAUGCCAUUUACCUUAUUAUACAUGAAAUGCACAAAAUAGAUGAUAAGGAUUUAUCUGUUCUGAUUUUCUUCCCAGUAAAUUAUUUUCUGCUUCUGUGGAUAUCUCCCUUUCAACAUGAGUCAGGUUAUAGUUUCAGAAGUGAUUCUUUGUUUGCCCUUUAAGGAAUGGGGAUACCACCCAUAGCAGCACAACAUUUUGCUGAUAAUUAGUACCUUUCCUACACUGGUGCCACCCAGCGACUUGGUUUUCUCUUGUGCCUAUGGCUUUGGGAAUGUAACGUCUCCUUUCUCCCCAUUUUCCCCUGUCCUCUUCCCCGUGGGUCCUGUGAAACUGUCUUUAAUUACUGUGUUUUCCACAGUAACUAGACAUCAUUCAGUGUAAUAAACUGCUGUAUAGUCAGUGACAGUAUGUGGAAAGACUGGCAGUUGUUAUAAUUCAGAGUCCAGUUUAUACAAUUGUUAGUGUCUUAGAUGCUGCCAAAUGAUUUCUGGAGACUUUUGUCCAGAAUCUUUUGCUCACUUCCAUAGCAUUGUGUAACCUUCCUCUUCAGAACCAAACCAGACCUGCUCGUCAAUAAAUCUGCCCUUCCCAAAAUAUAAAGCAUGUUUCUGCCUCUAGAUCCAGACAGAAAUGAUCUUCCUUAGAUCUGUUCUUUCCAGGGUUGCUGAUUUUGGAACUAAAACUGUUUUCUAGAUCUUCUCUUUGGCUUUCAGCUACACCUGGACCGUCUUCUGGUUUUACCCCCUUGCCUCAGAGCCAUUUAUACUCCCACAGUAGACGGAACAAGACCUCAUGUUGAUUUACCAUGGUGACUUAGUGUCUACGUGGCAGAAAGCAGCACAGCCCACCACCAGUGCAGGGGGUCCUGGAUUAGAAGGGAGGAGACAGGGAAAAGUGGCGGUAAGUAGGAAACAGUAAACUACCGUCUAAAAGCCAGUGUAGUGCCUCAUUUAAGGUACCAUUCAGUUUUACAUGUUAUGUCAAUAUUGAAGGCCUAGAAAAAGAACUAGAGAAAAUGACAGCAGUUUCCGUGCCUGUCCGUAUUAGAAGUUUUGCUUCUCUGCAGACACUGCCCAGUCUGGAGAGCUGUGAAGAGAACAAAGCACUGGUGGCAUCUCUUUGGCUGGCACCUCCUUUUUACUGCAUACAAAAUUUUCUUGUUUGGAGGUUACCGUUCUUACUGUAUAGGCUAAGGGCAGUUUGGUCCUUUCCUCUCCUGCUGGAAUACCUGUGAGGCUCUUCAGGUCAGCCCCGAACUGCGCUGCCGGACAGACGCCUGUGCUGAGCAUGACUUGAAAUGAGCAGAUCUUCGUCUGUCAGACGUGUGCCUGUAAGGGCUCAAGGCUUUGGACCAUUUUAUGAGGGUGUUUCUCUCUGAGUGGUUGCUCUGAGGACUUGCGUGGGUCUGUGCCUGAAAUUUCCAGGCAAGCAGUAGGAAGAUUUUCACUCAGCUCUUGUGUUAAGGAUAUUUCCGCAACGUUAAUUUCUUUUAUUUUCCUUUGCAUAAGGCACCUAUUCUUCAUCCUCCAUUUGUAUGGCGACUUUUAAUUCUUUGGUUCUGCUAUGAAUUUGAGCAAAAUUGCCCUUUCAUCAACAGGCUUUAUCUUCGAGUUUUGCCAUUUUUGGCAAAUCAACCCCCUUUCCCUCUCUAAUUACAAAGGGUUCCUCCUCUUAGCCAUCAGGUCAAUAAGGUAAAAAACCACUUUGAUGUUUUCCUUUUUCUCAAAUGCAUUAGAAUGUUUUAUUCAAUUCUUUUUUGCUUUCCCUGUGUGUUCCCUGGAUUGCUUUAUAGUCUGCCUCGUGGCUGGGUCAGCUGUUUUGCAGUACUUAAUUAGCCACCGGGAUUGCACUUUCUCCAGCUGUCCUUCCCACGCUUCUUCCAGGAAAGUAGAGGUCUAAAAAGUGAGCUCUAUGGUAGCUUUUUUUUUUUUUAUGGUAUACCUCUCCUUAGUUAAAGAAUAGGUUGGGCAGUUCAGCAUCUCAGCAUGUGUCUGUUAGCAUUUGUGAUCCGUACCUGUGAACACCAUUCUUUCCCCCAGCACCCUCUCUCUCCCCAACCCUGCUCUACACAUUCAGCCAUUCUUCUGUUCUUUUUUCAUCAUACAGACUCUGAUUACCAGGGCCCAGAAUGUGGGUUAGUUCUGUUAGGAUCAUUUCACUAUGGUUUGGAUUAAACUGGGUUCAGGGUUGGGGGUGGGGUGGGAGGCUGAGGAAUAUCCUUCAUACUUAAAAUAUUUUUAUUCCUUCUAAAGAAAAGUAAAAUAUGUUUUAUGGUCCAAGCAGCAAACUUACAAAUUAAUUUUUUACCACAACUUGCUUGUAAACUAGGGACAAACUAUAUAGUCUAUUUAGGGCACCAUUAAUAAGAUGUAGUCCUUUUUGUAGGUGUUAACACAAAAUAGUCUCCUACCUCACAUCGUGAAAGUCAGAAGGUUAUAGACCUUCUUCCCAAGCUGUUUGUAAAUCCUUCUUGCCGUUGGCUGUUCUGACUCUGGAAUGACCACUGCCCAGUGAAUAACAGCAUUCUGACCAUUGGCCUGACUGUAACAGUUUGUUCAUUCAGCAAACAUUUAUGAGUGUUUAUUUACCAGUUGCCAAAGUGUCAGCUGUAUGUUCGUCCCUGCUACCACCUGGUGGUUUACUGACGUUGGGGGUUGUACUUGAGCUGUCUAGCAUUUACAUUUGACCCUAAAGUAGCUCUUCCCAAGAAGAUUGUGCAAUUUUUACUCAUAUCUGUUUUAUGUAGACAGAUCUGUCUUUAUAGAGCUGUCCUGGUAAAAUCAGUCCGAGACUCUCCCUUUACCUCUGUAGCUUUGAUUAACACCGGUGAGAUUCCUUUGUGUAGGUCUCUUGGGUGCCUCACAUUUUUGUGUGUUUCAGUGGAGUCUGUUUCGUGAGCCAGUGGAACUGGAGACUGAGGAUUAUGUUGUUGGCUGGGAGUUGCACAACAGGGCAGUUAAAUGUUUAAUUUAAGCAGAGCGUCUGCCCACAGUUCUCUUCCCAGUCUAGUGCCUUUUUCCUUGAUCUUUUUACUGAGCUGCUCGUGUCCCUAAUUCUCCUUGUUGGGAAGGUUUCCUUUUCACUAUUUUGGGACCUGCCACUGUCUCCCAUACAAUUUGGAACUUGUUUCCAAUCCUUCAACAACCUUUGCAGUUAAUUCUGUGUCUUAGAAGGACUGAAGCUAUUGGGGAGGGUUGGCACGUGUCUGUGGGUCCUGAAUUUACCCAUUGUUUGCUUUCCCAAGAGCCAGACAGUAAAACAGAUGAAAUUCAGUCAGUUCCAAAAAAAUGUCAGCCUUUACCUGGCAGGAUAGAGAGCUUAGAAGAGACCCUAGGGCUUAGUAUCAAAGUUAACACAGCACGCUUCUACUAGACCUUAAGGCUUUAGAAACUCAAUCUAAAGUAUUCUAACUCAGCUCGAAGCAUUAUCAUCACUAUCCUGAUCUCAGUCUACCUUAGCAGUCUUCCUUUAGAAAUACAUACAGCCAUUUAAUGCAUGGAGGAGGGUGGAGGGUUCCUAUCAGUGGAAAAGUAGAAGAAGGUGGAGGUUGUAUCUUUGCCUGACUUGGUUAGGGAUCCUUUGGAUGCCAGGAACAGCAAUACUGAAGCUAAAGAAAGGACGUACUCACUGUAGGGAUGCAGGAGAUUCCAUAAAACCCAGGAUAGGUGGUACAGUUGAUUGUUUUGUGGAGCUAGAAUUGUGAAACUUUGCACUUAGUCCAUUCUGCUUCUCAGCAUUUUUAUCAGCAUGCAUGGCCCCAGAAGAGGCACCCCAACCCUCAAGUCUACACGACCUUCCAGCUCUAGGGAACACCAUUUACAUCGGAAUUACCAAUUGAGCAUACAACCAUCCCAGCACAUUGAGCAAUCAGCCUUGCCAAGGAGGAACAAGUGACACCAUUAGGCAACAGUGGCAUACUCCCUGGGAGGGGGGUGGUGGUCUCAGAGAAGAGGGCAUACACCGAAUACCAAAAAAUCAAACGUGUUGCUAUAUAGUUGAUUCUGACUCAUAGUGACCCUAUAGGACAGAGUAGAACUGCCCCAUUGGGUUUCCAAGGAGCAUCUGGUGGAUUCAAACUGCCGACCUUUUAGUUAGCAGCCAAGCUGUUAACCACGGUACCAGCAGGGCUCCAUACACUGAAUAGAUACCCUAAGAAUCCUUCUAUUCUAGCUUUAAACUUGCUGUUAUACUGCUUUUUUGAGAGUGUAAAAGGGAGGUACAGGAGUGUGCCUGGGACAUUGAAGAGAUUCUUAGGUUUAACUUCUGGCCACUGCCUUUUUUUUCUUCCUCUUUUUGUUCCCUUGGGUAAUCUUGACAUCCAGGAUUUCUUUCCUCCCUCUUUAGAACCUUCUUCUCUUACAGAGCAGCCUAUUCUUGGGUGGCAUCUCUUAGCCUUCAUUCCAUCUCAGGUUUUUAGCCUUUCAUAUUCUUUGGAGAGCAGAUCACAGAUUCUACUGUAGCCACUAGCCAUGGACCUCUGGGCUAUCUUCGGGCCUUAGCACUGAAAACAUAGUUGUUCUCUGGGCACCAUAGACACUCCCUUCCUCUUCCCUGCCCUUUUACUUGUCCUGUAUGAGGUGAGCAGAAAUCUUCUUAGGCAGGCCCUCCUAGGUACCUCAGAAACUACUUUGCCAGUAAGAAUAUGUCUUAGUUGGGACAGUUGGCAGGAUAUAAAUUCCAGUUUAGAAUAAAGUUUUUACUGAGAACUCUUUAAACAGGAUACCUGUGUUUUUCCCUGUCUAGUUGUCUUUUUAGUCCUGUAUUAAAGCCUUUAUCUUUUUUUUUUAAACCAUGCUUUUGUUUACCUGAGUCUUUUGAUCUUGUUUAUCUCAUCCUAGAGCCUGUCCUGAGUUAGCGAGGGAUUUCAGAAUUAUUUAUCUUUGUAAGUACUAAAAGUUAUUUGAUAUACAUAGAAGUAACCUAAUAAUCCAAAGAUGUACAUCGAGGCACGUGAGAAAGGGUGGGUCUUCAGACUUUGCAUUUGAUAUUCUAACCUAGGCUCCAAAAUGAAGGAGCCAAGGGACAGCAGUGCCGUGUGCCUUCACAGUGUCUUGGGAAAUCUGGGUUGAUUGCAAGGGAAAGUCCCGUGUUUCUUGGCUCCAGAAAGUAGCACAGGAGUAAGAGAUGGGGAAAGAGGGGUGGGGAGAGCAAGCCCUGCAUGGAGAGACUCAUUCAUAGCCAGAUGGAAAGCACCAUGCUGAAGGGCAGCUGUUGACCAACAGCUGUUUGGCGGUCUCACUGCCCCUGCCCUUGUAUAGUGCUUGAGAAAAAUGUGGCUGACCACUCCCUGUAUUUGUGCAAAGGCUGAAAGCCAGCCUCGGAUCUCCUACAUAUUUGGCUGCUGUACAUAAGUCAGCAGAGCUCUGCAUUACCUCUCACAAGCUCUCUUCCUACCCCUGAACCGGAUUGGGAGGCCAGGGAGGAGUGUUGCUCAAGACAGGCUAUGUGCAACUCUUCAGGCCUUUUGCUGACUCCAUACUCAGGCCUGAGUGGGGAAACUGUGUGCCCAAGUCUGGUACCCACAUACGUAUUCUCGUACCCUGUGUGUCAGUUCCCUCCCCCUGACCCUGUUGCAGGUGAUGGUAGCCAUGCUUAUGGUGGUCUGGAAAUUGAAGCAGCAGAAAACAACUUAAGAGCCUGUAGAACAUGUAUUUUCUACUCUGCGCCUCUUUCUUCUGCUGUCCUCUGCUGUCAGGGUGAUGCUUGUACUCUGAUGCAGGCUCUAUGCCUCCUGACCUACCCUUGUCCACACUGUUUAGUGUCUUGGCCUUGAAGGAAAAGCCCAACCUCCUGCUGAAGCAUGUGGUAGGGCAUGGCAGCUAGGAGGUACCUCCUCCAUCUGCUUUCUGGCUGUGGUGACUUGGGAUUUUUAACCUUAUAUAUCUUUUCCCUUUAUUCAAAACAAAAUAAUUUUUAGCACACUGGAAAAAAAAAAAAAAAAAGCCAAACGUUUUGUGCCUUUCUAAGGCAGCACUGUAUCCCAGGCUGCAUUUUAGGACUUAAUAUGGAAAUACCAGAGUCUUAGUCCCUCUACCUUGAGUAUCGAGUAUCGUUCGUCCCUAGCGUCUAGAGGGGAGGAAGGAGUACUUGCUGUGGCUGGAGGUGGUCUCCGAUGCAGUUUGUCAGUAUCCCCUCUCCCCGCCCUGAUGCUUAGUUGGAAGAAAGAAGCAUUGUACCCUGGGGUUAUUUGGUUGGUUCUAAUCACACUCUUAGUUGUCAAGUGGAAUGGUUUGUCUCUGGCAGACGGUCUGUUUCAUGAUUUCCAGGUAUAUUCUGUACCAUCCCCAGUUUCCCAGCCUCCUGAUCGUAUUAAUGGCCCAAACCUCAUGGAAAACUAUAGGAUGAACUCUCUCAAGGCGAGGGGUUUUUGGGGUCUUUUUGCUGGGUCCUGAACUGGCCCCGACUGCCUGCCUCUCCCUUCAGAUUUAGCUUUCCUUUCAUUUGAAGGCUUCAAACUUAAAGCAUUAAGCAUCUAGUACCCUCUGUAGGGUCUAGUUUUCCCCGGGGAAAGGCUGCAGGGAACAAGGACCAGAUGCCUGUCCUUAGUGUUGUGGCCAUGGUAGAUGUUUCAGCAUAAAAAAAAAAAAGAAAGAAAAAAGCUUCCUGUAUAAUGACUUUACAUACUUCUUAGCCUUUUCUCAGUUCUUCCCUGCCUUUAACUAAUGAAGAAUUGGGAGAUAGAAACAAUUAUUUUUGAAGUCCUCCUUUUUCAGGAUUUUGAAAUUCUUGGCAUGGGUGGGGCUGGAGAGAACUUGAUGCUUUCUCUAGGGUGAGGAGUCCCAAUUUGUAUAUCCGUGUUAAAACAAAAACUCCAGAUGAGCUUUUCGUGGACUAUUUUAAAAGCGUGUCAUUAAUAUAAAAAAAAAAAAAAUUAUACUAGCAGUAUUUAAUCAUUCUCACCUGUAAAGAAUAAAAAAAACAGAAGGUAAAUAUUCUUACAGAGACUAGCAGAGCUUUAAGAUUCGUUUUCAUUUAAGUCCAUUUUGUUUUGCCAAUGUAUUAAUGUUUAGAGGUCUGUUAAACUAAUGUUAUUUAUUAAUUUUCAUUUCCAUACACAGUUAACUAAAGAGCUUUUUCAAGCACCCAUGUCUGUAAAAAAAUAUUUUUAAAUAAAGUUUCUUUUGUUGUAGCCGA